AUGACUUUGGGCGAUUUAUCAAACCUCAAGAAAAAGCCAGGGGGGAAACGUGCUCCCUGGCUGUUGAAGUUUCGUUCUUCAACAAGUUUUAUCAUUGCUGCAGUCUGGAUGUCUACCUUCACGGAAUUCCUCCUAUAUGCCAUGAUAGUCCCCGUGAUGCCAACAGCCCUUAUGACCCGAGCCGGAGUCGAAUUUGAACACCGAGAAUAUUGGGUCAGCGUCCUUCUCAUGUCCGAAGCAGGUACGGCUCUGUUAAUGUGUCCCGUCUUCGGCUACCUGGUCGACCGCGGACGCACACGUCGACUGCCCUUCAUCGGUGCCCUGGUCGUAUUAACUGGCUGCAUGUUGGUUUUGCAGCUGGCGCAUUCCAUUGCUGCGUUUGUCGCGGCUCGUGUACUCCAAGGCAUCGCAGCUGCUCUAGUAGUAGUAGCGUCAUUCGCUCUCAUCGGCGAUGCUGUGACCCAGGAGCGUCUCGGUCAAACGAUAGGGUAUCUCGGCUCCGCGAUUGCGUCGGGAUUCUUGCUGGGCCCAUUCCUUGGAGGUGUUGUGUACAAUUCUGGUGGGUACGAUGCUGUGUUCUGGUUUGCAUAUCCUAUUAUUGCGCUUGACAUGUUUAUGCGACUGGUUUUGAUCGAGAAGAAGGUCGCUGCUCAAUGGACUGGAGAAUCAAAUGGAGACCUGGAGUCGGAUCUGGACACGGCGCAGCGUAUUCCCUCUGUCGGUUCUCGCGAACCCCAGGUUAUACAGCGAAGGAAGGGACUCGUGAUCUUCCGGAUGCUCAAGCAGCGCCGAGUUUUGAUAUCUUCGUGGGCGCUCCUCGCGCAGGGAAUCUUGCUUUCUGCUUUCGAUGCGACCCUUCCCAUAUUCGUCGAAAAGACCUUUGGCUGGAGUGCUCUCGGCAUGGGACUAAUCUUCCUCCCAAUGGCCGUCCCGGCCUUCUUUGAGCCGGUGUUCGGCAGCUUCACCGACAGGUUCGGUGCUCGCUUCGUAGCCUUCGGCUGCUUUGUUUUUCUCUCCCCUACUCUCAUCUGUCUCCGGUUUGUCCAGUUCAAGUCGAACGAACAGAUCGCUUUGUUAGUAUCACUGCUCCUCCUUGUCGGAAUCUUUCUCCACGCCUGCGCGCCAGCCAUGUACGUUGAGACGCAGCGCGCGCUCACGGCGAUGGAACUCAGGGACCCAGGAAUACUUGGACCCAAAGGCGCCGUGGCACAGGGAUUCGGACUGCAGAGCAUGUGUCAAUUUGCCGGAGUAUUCUUUGGACCGCUUUGGGGUGGGUUCGUUGAGUAUCGUUUUGGGUGGGGUGCAAUGACAGGCACUUUGGGGGUUUUGGUAGCGCUGACUGCACUGCCGAUGUUAUGGUUGGGAGAAAACGAGGAGGAAAGGGCUUUAAUGAGGUGA